CUCUCUCGCUCUCCCUCACUCGCGCUCCCUCCCUCACUCAGUAUCGCGCGUGGAACUACUGAGAGCAACUCAGAUCGCCCGUAUCGGCCGAGAGUGCGCGCGCGCGUGUGUCCGUGUGGCUUUUUCUGGAUGGACGUCCGUCGCUCGCCUCGCGCUUCCUGACUCGAGCCGCGCUGGAUGUGUGUGUUUGGCCGCAGCAUGGUGAGGUGGGCAGACAGCACUGAGUGAGUGAGUGAAGAUGAGGAGGGGCUCGUGGCUGGUGAGGUGGUUGGGGAUGAUAGGGAUCAUCUUGCUUGUGCCCCUCUCUCAAAUCAGGGCUCAGGGUGCAGAAGACUGGCAGUAUGAGGAGUGUAAGUUGUAUCGAACAGGCCCUCCUGCCACCAUCGUCACUAUUGAUGAGGAGAGUCCAAAUGGUACAGUUCUUGUGGAGAAUAUGCAGAUUAACGGUCGUGCACAGGACCCUGGCCGGACUAUCUCUCUGACUCUACUGGAGAACUAUGACCACUGGGUCAUACUGGACCCUGCCCUCCAGAGACUUUACCUUAACAGCACCGGACGAGUACUGGACCGGGAUCCCCCCAACUCCAUCACUACUAUAGUGGUUCUGGUGCAGUGUACUAAUGAGCUGGUGGGGACGGUGAUCCUACAUGAAGUUCGAAUCGUGGUGCGCGAUCGUAAUGACAACUCACCGCAAUUCCAGCAGCCCCGUUACUAUGUUGCCGUCAAUGAGCUCACUCCUGUUGGGACCACCAUCUUCACUGGCUUCUCAGGAAACAACGGAGCCACUGAUAUUGAUGACGGCCCGAAUGGCCAGAUUGAAUACGGCAUCCAAUACAAUCCCAACGAUCCGUUGUCCAAUAGGACUGUCCGGGUGGCUAGUACACUGUCCGGUAACAUCAUUCUUGCUGAGAGACUGAACUAUGAAGAGAGAACACGCUAUCUAAUCAUUGUCCAGGCUAAUGAUCGUGCCCCGUAUCCAGCCAGCCGGCACACAGCCACCACCACACUGACUCUGGAUGUGUUAGAUGGGGAUGAUCUGGGUCCCAUGUUCCUGCCCUGCGUGCUGAUCAAUAACACCCGAGACUGCAGCCCUGUCACCUACCGCGUGGUCAUCCCUGAACUGACAGAACCAAGCAAACUGAAUCCCCUGAAUGUGACCCCACCCAUCCGAGCAGUGGACCAGGACAGAAACAUCCAACCUCCCUCAGAUCGACCUGGCAUCCUCUACUUCUUUCUAGUUGGUCAGCCAGCAGUGUACCCAGAGUUCUUUUCUUUGAACAGGAGCACAGCAGAGUUGCGUCUGCUGAAACCCGUCAGCAGAGACCUGUACCAGAGCUUUACGCUCAUUAUUAAGGCCGAACAGGAUAAUGGUCACCCUCUUCCUGCAUUUGCUGACCUGCGGAUAGAGAUUUUGGAUGAAAACAACCAGGCCCCGUACUUCCACCAGCCUUCCUACCAGGGCUUCAUCAGUGAGUCAGCCCCUGUGGGUGCAACCAUUUCGGGCAGAGCCAACCUCACUGGCCCACUGGCCAUCAUUGCCCUCGACAACGACAUUGAGGAGACUAAAGACCCACAAGUGAGGAUAACACUGGGUGACUACACCUCCAUCUUCUCCAUCACCACCUCUGGAAUCACUCGUUACCUCACCCUGCUCAAGCCUGUGGACAGAGAGACACAAAUGCAGUACACCUUCACGAUGGUGGCCUCUGACGGUGUACAGCAGAGCCUGCCAGUGACCGUGAACAUUGCGAUUAUCGACGCCAACGACAACACACCCACCUUCUCUCAGGUGUCCUAUACUGUGGAGGUGUUCACCAACAUGCAGCCAGGAGAGACUGUAAUACAGCUGACUGCUCAGGAUGCAGAUGAGGGUCUGAAUGGUUUGAUCACUUACACCAUCUUGGCGGGCGACCAGGGAGAUUUUGUCAUUAGCAACCGCACAGGACGAAUCACCAUAGCUCCAGGGGUCACUUUGAGUGUGGGUCGCUCCUAUGCCCUCACUGUCAGAGCAGCAGAUAAUGCUGUUGAGGCCGAAAGGAGGAGUUCCAUAACUACAGUUUAUAUUGAGGUUCUGCCUCCUAAUAAUCAGAGUCCUCCACGCUUUCCUCUGCAAACCUACAGCCUGGAGAUCAGCGAGGCCAUGAGGAUAGGAGCUAUUCUCCUCAACCUGCAGGCUACAGACCGUGAGCUAGAUCCAAUUACAUACCGCAUUCAGAGUGGAGAUCCACAGCAGGUAUUCAACCUCUCUCAAACUAUAGGUCUGCUGCUCUUGGCAAAGGCACUGGACAGAGAAACCACCGACCAAUACCGCCUCAUCGUCACAGCCUCUGAUGGACACCAAGGAGGGACCUCGACCGCCACUGUCAGCAUUGUGGUCACAGAUGUCAAUGACAAUGAUCCGACCUUUGACCUCACCCUUCCUAGGAACUUGACUGUACAGGAGGAGAGGGCCAACAUAUCUGUGGGUCAAGUCAGGGCCACUGACCCGGAUGCCGGGCUAAAUGGUCAAGUGCGCUACCGGCUACUCACUUACACAGGCCUCUUCAGUAUUAAUGCUAAUGGCAGCAUCUUCACAUCCGUGCCACUGGACAGGGAGACGCAGAGCCAGUAUGAGCUGGUGGUAGAAGCUUCGGAUGGGGCGGUGGACCCUCGGAGGGCCACCCUCACACUGCUAGUUAGAGUGCUGGACAUCAACGAUAACAGCCCAGUAUUCUCCCAGCCAUUUUACACAGUGAACGUGCCUGAGAACACUCCAGCUGGAACCAUCAUUCUUCGCCUCACUGCAGUGGACGCAGAUCUGGUCUCUAACAUUACAUACAGGAUAAGGACGGAUGCGGCUCGGCAGCUUUUUGCUGUGGACAGGCUCAGUGGGGCUCUCUCAGUGCUACAGGCUCUGGACUUCGAGGCCCUGGGCAGAGACGGUGCUAAUUAUACAUUCCAAGUUGAGGCCCUAGAUCACGAAGGGGUCCUGCCACCUGGAGUGGCUACAGUUCUAGUAAGGAUCACGGAUAUGAAUGAUUUCGCUCCAGUUUUCACCCAGGCUGUUUAUAGAGGCAUGGUGGCUCCCAAUGCUGAGAAAGGAACGGUUAUAACAACUGUGCUGGCAACCGACCAGGACCCUCCUGGAACAGCAGCCAGCAGGGUGCGGUACAGAGUGGACCAGGAGCAAUCCCCCUACAGCGGCAGCAUCUUUGAUGUACAGGAGACCUCUGGCAGGGUCGUGACCAAAGUCAACCUAAAUGAGGAGCCCAGCGCUGUCUUCAGACUGGUAGUGAUAGCCUAUGAUGAUGGUGAGCCAGUGAAAAUGAACACAACCUUGGUGGAGAUCACGGUCCUGCAGCCCUCCAGAAUCCCCAUAUUCACUGAGGAGGAAUACCGGUUCAGUCCGGUGAGUGAGAAUGCCCCAAUUGGCCAGGCGGUAGGCAUGAUCCUGGCAGCGGCUGUGAACACCACCAUCUUCUACUCUAUCGUCGGGGGAAAUGAUGCGGGUGUGUUCAGGGUGGAUAAUCGCACUGGCAUGAUCUACACAGCCAAGCUGCUAGACUACGAGACAGUGAUCAGCUACGAGCUCCGUGUGCAGGCUGACUCGCUGGCCCUUGUCCUGGCCAACUUACGUGUGCCUUCCAAAACGAACACAGCCAAGGUGUUUAUCGACGUGCAGGAUGAGAACGAUCAUCCUCCUGUGUUUACCGAGUCUCUGUACAUUGGGGGAGUAACUGAGGACACCAAGACCUUCACCUCAGUGCUGAAGGUUAUUGCCACAGACAAAGACACAGGAAACUACAGUAAGAUGGCAUACAGGCUUAUCAUUCCCCCAACAGCGGAGGGUCAGGACAGCUUUGUGAUUGAGCAUUACACUGGCAUCAUCAAGAGUGCCAUCAUGUACCGCAACAUGCGCCGCUCUUACUUCAAAUUCGAGGUCAUUGCCACUGAUGACUAUGGAAAGGGUCUGAGUGGCAGUGCUGAGGUGGUGGUCUCUGUGGUGAAUGCCUUGGACAUGCAGGUUGUGGUAUCCAAUGUGCCACCCACCGUAGUGGAAGAGAACAAAGAGCAGCUGGUCAGGAUUCUGGAGCGCUACGUGCAGGACCAAAUCCCUGGUGCUAAAGUGAUAGUGGAAUCCAUUGGGCCGCGGAGGCAUGGGGAUGGGUAUGAAUUAGAGGACUACAGCAAAUCUGACCUGCAGGUGUACGCCAUCGACCCUCUCACCAACAGAGCCAUAUCUCGACAAGAGCUCUUCAAGUUUCUGGAUGGUAAGAUUCUGGACAUUAAUAAAGAGUUCCAGCCAUAUCUUGGUGAAGGUGGAAGGAUUCUGGAGAUUCGUUCUCCAGACAUUGUGGCCACUGUGAAGAAGGCUGCUCAGGCCGUGGGCUACACAGAGGGGGCUCUGCUGGCUCUGGCCAUCAUCAUAAUCCUCUGCUGCAUCCCUGCCAUUCUCAUUGUCAUGGUUACCUACAAACAAUUCAAAGAGAGACAGGCCGAAUGUGCCAAAACCGCCCGCAUCCAGAUGGCACUUCCUGCUGGCAAGUCAGCAGCUCCUGCUCCACCUCCAGCUCAGGCCAAUCUCUACGAGGAGCUGGGAGACAGCAAAAUGCGUGGAUAUGGCAGAGAGCAACAGCAGCUGCUGAGGCCGUCUUUGCUCAGGCCUGAGGCACUCUCCAUGGAGUCGGGUAUUGACCCUGGACAAGACUACUAUGCACAAGACUACUAUAACUAUGAUCAAGGGUAUGAUGCAUAUCCUCCAUAUGGGAGCCGCAGGAGGUUGAUUUCUCCCAUGUAUGAUGAAUAUGGAGAGGCCAUCAUGGAGGAUGAUGGCUACUACUACAGUCCUUAUGGCCCAGAGGGUCGGGGCAGAGGGAGAGGUGGGCGAGGGCGUGGGCGCGGUAAACGUGUGGGAUUCAGGGACUUCCCUCCAGAGGAUGAGAUUGAGCCAGCAGAGCCAGAAGCUCCUGCUGAAGUCGAAGAAGAGGCAGAAGCAGGGGAGUCUGCAGCUGCGAAGAAGCUGAAAUCUGUCAUGAAACUCAGUAAGCUGCUUGCUGCAGGGAAAAAAGGGGAGCAGGCUCACACCUCACCUUGGAAAAAGGCCAAGAUCUUCCCAAUGAUGUUUGGGAAGGGCAAGAAGGACAAAGACUAUGCCAAGCUGACAUCUGCACGCCGUAUUGAUAGUCAAGAUAGUCUGACAGGGGGACCAAGCCUGACAGGCUCUGUUGAUGGUUCUCUGUCCUCAGCUAGGGCUCGACUAGGGAAAGUCCUGAAAAGGAUCAAUAUAGGUAGGAAACUGCAAAUCAGACGGAGGUCCCAGAGUAGCAUCAGCCGAAGCUCCGCCAGUGAGAAGGAUGAGUCUGCUGCUGAAUCUGAAAGGGAAGAGAGGAAAUCCAAAGUGUCCAUCAGUGUCAGUGAGCCUGAAGCUAGCGGGAGUGGGUCCGAAACAGAAAGCAGGAAGAAAGGUUCAGAAGAAGAUGAAUCAUCGGAAAGGAGUAGUGUUGCCGCUUCCACUGAUGAUAAAGAUUACCUAAAAGUGGACCUGGACAGAGAUGAUGCUAACGAAAGCACAGUUGACUCUGAGUCUGAGCCAGAAGAGCCAGAGGAAUCUGAUGAAGAAAGCAAAUCAAAGUCAGGAACCGAAAAGUCUGGAACUGAGAAAGAGUCAGGCUCAGAGGAGGAGUCAGGCUCAGAAGAGGAGUCAGAGUCUGGAAAAGCUUCUGGAACAGAAAAAGAAUCUGGAACUGAAAAAUCAGGAACUGAGGAAGAAUCCAGUGUAGAGAAGAGCUCUGCCACUGAAAAAGAUUCUGAAGAAGAAUCGGAGGAAGAUGAAGAGAAAAGCGCAGAAUCGAAAGAGUCUGAAGCAUCAGCGUCUGGAUCGGAGAUGUCUUCUGCUCGCUCGUCCAUGAAAUCCUCACACACUGAAGCCAGUAAAGGAUCUUCAGAGAGAUCAAGUGCACGGAGUAGUGCUAGUGGCAGUGCCUCUGGUAGUGCUAGAUCCAGCGCUAGUGCCUCAGAAAGUGCCAGUGGCUCUGGUGGCAGCUCUAUGGGAUCCCAAGCAUCAUCAGCUCAGUCUUCUCUGAGGUCCUCACAAAAGUCUGUGUCUGGAAGCAUGGGCAGUAGUGAGAUGGAAUCAGGAAGAUCUAUGCAUAGUGGGUCUGAGGAAGUGUCUGGCUCAGAAGAUGCUGGGUCAGAUGUCGUCUCAAUGAGUGGCAGUGAGAGAAGUUCCACCAGCUCCAGAUCAGCAGGAGGAAGCCGUCGAUCUCGCAAAUCAGUCAUCACUCGAUCCUCCCAGGACACCAUAGAGGAGGAGAGCGAGGAGGAGCUGGAGGGAUCGGAAGAGGAGGAGGAAGAGGAGGAGGAUGAAGAAGAUGCUACAGAAGAGAGUAGAGAGUCUUCAGGCGAGCUGAGUGAGGGAGCUGCAUCACAAAGGUCAAGUGCCUCAGCUUCUGGAAGUGAAGGAGCUCCAAGCCCAUAUGCAGGGACUCCUUACGGCACAGAAGUCAGCAUGACCGAGAGUUCAGACGAGGCAUUUGGAGGGCUGUCACCCAUCACUGAGGUGGAUGAAGAUGCCUUAACAUCUGGCAGUGGCUCAGCGUCAGGUGCUGCAGCAACUUCAGAUGCUGAAUCAGAAUCUGGAAGUUCCACAGCUUUCUGAGAAAGGAAAAAGAGGGCCAGUGCUCCCAAACUGGCAGAAAGAAGCGGAUCAAAUUAGUCGUGGAGGGGGAGGGUGAGUCCACAACUACUGGAGAGGACAGUGGCCCAGAUGUCCAGCGGAACCGUCUGGCUAAUGUCAACAGCCACAGCAACAUCAAUGGC